AUGGCUGGCAUUGAAAUCGCUGCCGUCCGCAUUGCGUGCUCUGUACAUGCUGUGUCUGCAGCUAUCGCGACCUCGACGAUGCACUGUCUUUCUGACCUUCCAAGCGAGCUCCUAUGUCUCAUAUCCAAGAAUCUGGCAAAUGAUGAACUCCUCGUGCUUUGCAUAGUGUCAAAACAACUUCAUUUUGCGGCACUCACCGUCUACUUCGAUCGGUACGCGGGCGUCAAUGCCCCUACGAACGCGCCCGCCAGUAUCUGCCAGCCGCCUAUAGCUGCAUUACGCGGGCUUUUGUUGGCACUCUGGGUCAAGAAAUGUAAUUCCGUCUGCUGCACUGUCAACAAUUACACCCAACUCAGGUAUCUUACACGCCUCAUCUCAAAGUUGGAGCCGUUCCGCAACCUCCACUUACGCUUUGGUCGUGGCAUGGAGCCAUACUCGAGACAUGUCAUUUUUGGACUCAUAGAUCUAAUGAUCGUCAUCAAGCAAAAGGGAUGCGAAGACAUGCUCAUAACUGGGGCACACACAGACAGAGCAUGGGUUCCAGGAGUGACAGAUCUGACCCGCGCUUUGCGCUUGGAAGGCGUCGUCAGUACCGUGGAUACUGUUGCCAGAUUCUGUAGGAAGUUGUUUCGUCGUCACAAACGUGACGAGAAUUACUGGAUCACAAUAACCCCCUCCCUUACCACAUUGAAGACAGUCAAUCUUUCAACAGACUACUUCUUCGCGCCGUUUAUGAGCACAUGGACCAUUCGGACACUCAAUGAUUCUUCUAUCACAUCGUUAAAGCUCGACCUUCGCUUUCGCAAUGCGCCGAAAUGGACUCAUAUCCUGUCAAUGCUCCGCCUUCGCCACCUUCGAGAAUUUGUCAUUUCCUCCAACUCAUUGUCGCUCCAAUGUUUGACACAGUUUCUGCGACGUCACAACGGACUCACUUCACUGACUACGAAAGGCCUCUCCUUGGAGGAUAACGAGGCACAGGACAAGUCGGUCCUCACCCUCAACGCCCUCCCCAAACUCAGGACACUCGUUGGAUUGCCAAAUGACGUCAAGCACAUCCUUCGUCUUCAGCCUACCUUCAAAGUUCUGAAAUAUGUAACCAUCAGCGACCCAGAUGCGGAUGGUUACAUCUCAUCCUUGAACGACUGUCUCGACGCUAUGGUAUCUAGAGACAAAGUUUACGUCACCUCUAUAGCAGUCAAGACGGAACACACGUCUUGGCUGCUGUCCCAAAGCAAUGGAGAUCUAGAGAGGGCAAUGCCGCCCAUUGCGUCCCUCACGAUUAUUUGGAAGGGCCAAAAUGAAGAGUUGCCCUCCCCGAGUUUCACUGCUGCAUUAGCUGGAUGGGUGGCAUUGUUCCCGUCGCUGGAACAUAUUCACUGGGGAGUGAAGCGGGACCUCGAGGGAUCACAAGCUGAAAGAAACGUCGCCAUUGCUAUCAUCAAACGUUGUCCUCGUCUCAAGACCUUGGAAUUACUGAGAGAUCCCCCUGUUCGUAUGAGACCACCUCCUCCAGUAGAUGUGUGGCUUAGGGAUGAUCCCUUGGCGAUUCAACAGUUGGCAUGGUCUCAGGACAUUCAACAUAGUGAGCAACUUAUGUUCUGCUACGAUCAAGACAAAGCUGAAUCAGUUUGA